AUGGUUAUUAAAAAAGCUUUUCAGGAUUUUUAUAUUCAAAAAUUCUUACAAAUCAGAGACUCAUUCAAGCGAAAUAAAUAUUUGAGUUUUGCAUUAGUACUAUUCUAAACCCUUCAAAUAUAAGGAAUUUAUAUUAGUGGAAGCAUUUUCGAAUCAGAUGAGUUGGGAAAGAAAAGAGGAAUAAUGGAUGCGGUUAUAAUGAUACUCAAAUCUGCUAAGUACAUUUUAAUAUUGAUAAAGAGUAUUCCCCUUAUUCUAAUCUUCAACGAGUAUCAAUAAAAUAAUUUUUAUUGACUUCAGCUUCAUCAUUUUAUUAAUCGUAUUUUCUUUUAUCGGAUUGCUAGCAAUUUUAACAACAAGAAGUCAAAAAUACAUGAAAAAUCAUAAAGUCAAUGGGUUAUAUCAAUUAGUUUUUACUGAUUCUGCUACUUAAGUAAAUUUCAUAUAUAAUGAUAGUUAUAAACAUAGUAAAAUUUGUUAAUGAAAUUUAUAAAAUUUAUAACCUAUGUAGUUUCCGUCUUUUUGUAAACCUACAAAUACUUGUUUCAUUGGAGUAUCAUUUAUUGUGCGCUAGAUAAUAUCUACAUAUUUAUCAAGAAUCCAUCUGAAAAUAAUGGUAUAAUUAUAUAAUUGAAUUAGAUUGGAUGCAUACAUUGGGAAUAACAACAUCAGUCAUUGUGCUUUUGUUUUUCGUGUUGUUUGAUAACUUUAUGAUGUUCCACUUUUUUGAUUAUAAGUUCAAGAAUCCAGACUUUUUGGGUUAAAAGGAAUCCAAUCUUGAACUCUUGCUCAAUUAAUACAUCUAUUCCACAAUAGCUAUAGUGGUCUUUACCCAAUAAGAAUAUCCAAAUUUACAAUUAUUACUAGGAUUGCUCUUCACAAUUUAUUAAUUGUUUUUAAGUUCAUUUCUAUUUCUGAAUCGCAAAUAAAUGAUCAAUUAUAUCAAAUCUUUGAUACUUGGGUAAUUUAUAUUUCUCUAUAUUGCUCAAUUUUGUUUUGUGAAUGGAACAUUUUCUAUUGAAUUCAUAAAUCUAAUAGUAUUCAUAGCAUCUCCAAUAAUCAUUAAAAUACAAAAUAAGAUCUAAGAAUUGCAAGUUAAACAAUAUCUUUAAUUAGAUGAUAAACACUUUCGAUUUUUUGAAUCAAAACUAAGGAAAAUCUUUGAUUUAAUUAAAAUCACUUACUAAAAGGAAUGGAGAGCAUUCAGAUAACCAGUAAUUAGAGCUUAUGUAUCUUUGUAAUUACAUAGUUUAGCUGCUAAUCAUUUAAGAAAUUGUUAUGGAAAUUAAAGUGAUUUUAAUUAUUAGAAUAAUGCAGUUAAGAAAUGCUUUUGUAAAUAGUAUUUUUAAUACAAUGAAGAAAAAUCAGUAAAUUUUUGGAAAAGAGAAUUAGAUGCUGAAACAGAAAAUAAAUACUUUGCAUUCAAAAGUGAAAAACAAUUUAAAUAAUUUCUAUUUGAUUUAAUAAAGGAUAGUUUUGAAAGAUAUCUAACUCAAAAGUCAAUAUUAGAAACUAAUGUAUAGUUUUCAUACAUCUACUUCUUAUUUUAAAUUCAAAAGAAACCAACCAAAGCAUUCUAUGAGGCUAUGAAUUUGAAAUUUAAAAUCAAAAAGCUCUCCUAAAAGAAAAUUAUGAUCAUUGAAUAACUUAUUCAAGAUGCUAAGUUUAAUUUCAACUUAAUGAUAGAGAAAAAAGAUUUAAAAAAUUAGAAAUAUAAUUUCAAACAGGUUUUUGAUUAUGAUUAGAAUUUGGAUACUACUAAAUUAAACUUUUAAAUCAUAUUAACAAAUUAUAAGAAAUGGUACAAUCAAUUGUUGAAUUAAUAGUUGUAAUUAUAAAUGAUCAUCAAAAAGGGAAUUGAACUUCAACAAUAAAUAUAAUAAUUAGAGUAGUAAAUAUUCAGUUUAUAUUAAUUGAAUCCAGUUUCAUCUGAAUUAGAUACAAUAGUUUAUCUUUUUUAUAAAUACAUACAUUUUAACCUCAAAAGACCAAAAUCUAUUAGAAGAAAUUCCUCAUAUGCAAAUUAAUUUAUUUAGUCAAUUAAUCAAUAAGUAUUUGAAAAGGAAUCUUGUAUCAUUUAUAUAUCACUCAUGAAUCAGAGAGGAUCCAUACAAAAUUAUACUAAAUCUUUUAAAUCUUUAAUAUUAGGAAAUGAUUAAGAUAUCAAAAAUUAGAAUAUCAAACAUUUUAUGCCAGAUUCUAUUGCACAAUAUCAUGACAUGUAUUUAGAUAAUUUCAUUGAAUUGGGUAGGAUGAAUAUAGUAAUGGCUGAAUAAAGAUUUUUGAUUCUUAAAAAUAAGUAAUAGUUUAUAAUUCCAGUAUAUGCCAAAGUGAGAUUGGAGAACUAUUCUAACAGCGAUUUUGGAUCAUCUGCUCUGAUAACACAAAUUAAUUAAUAGAAUUAUUACAUUGUCAUAAGUAGAUAUGGCAUUUUGGAAGAAAUGUCUUAGAAUUUUUACUAAGAAAUCAUUCAAAAAACUUUGAAUUAUUAUCCAUAUUAAUUAAAAAACUUGAAUUUGCUUAGAUUAAUGCCCUGUUUGUUGAAAGACUUGCAGAAGUUAGAAGUAAAUUAGUAAAAUAGCAAUGAAAUAGAUUUCGAAUUUUCUUAGUAAAAUAAAGAUCAAAUCAAUUAUGAUAUUCUAAUGGAAGGGCAUAUUCUAAUUCCUAAGCAAUAAACUUUGUUAGAUUAGUUAUAGAUAUCAAAUAAAAAUAUUUUAAACGUUGAUGUCGAAAAUUACUUUUUCGUUUAAUAAUAGAAAAAUCAUUUAUUCUACUAAAAUGUUCAACAUCUAUUUAUAUUUUAUGUUAAAUACAAGAUUCGAUUAAUGAAAACCAUUAAUUCAUUACAUAGAAUACUAGAAAUUUAGACGUUGAAAAUGAUCAAAUCAGAGCAUCAAUAAAAGGCUAUAAGAAUAGUCCAGAAUAUUUGCAAUAUUGAAUAGUCUUCUAUUUUGAAGUUUUAAUAAGCACCUAAAAUACAUUAUUAUUUGUAAGAUUCGGAUGGAUAUGACGCGUUUCAAAAAGAGUAAAUUGAGGCAUUCAGGAAAUCGUAAUCUUCUGAAUUGUUCGAUAGAAAAUCAUAUGAUUUAGAAAACAAUUUAAUAAUGGAAGAGGACAAUAUGAUAAGUCAGAAAUAGAGGAAUUUUGAUGAGCAUUACUCAACUAGAAGGGAUUUAAUAUAGUAAACAUUAUUAAAUACUUUGGAUUCUCAUGUGUACUAAAAAACAAAAGAAAAUGUUCAACUACUGCAGAAUGAAUCUGAUACUACAAAGUAAUUAAUGAGAAAGAAUAGUUUUAAUGUAGUAAGUAAGGGUCAGAUUGAUGAUAUGGAAUUAUCAAAUAAAUAAUCAAAAGACUCAAUUGAUUAGGAUUCAGGCUCAAAUUAUAAAAAUCGUUAAGCAACAAUUCAUUAGAAAGAUGGGAGUUCAAUAGCUAGUUCCCAAUAAUAGAAUGAUUAUAUUAGUAAAAGGAGAAUGAUAAGAGAUGUCUUAUUUUCAGAUCAUUAAUUUUAAAAUACCGCUACAAAAACUAGCAUUUUGAUUUUUGGCUUAGUUUUACUUAUCAUCUUAUACCUAGUAAAUCUAAUCUUUAUAGUUAUAACACAACACGUAUAUAUUCUUUAUAUAAUCCCUAGAAAGUAGAAGAGAUCGAAGCCAACAAACAUGUAUCGAUAAAUAUACAAAACUCUUUGAAUCUAUUUAUCCUAUCAAAUCAGUUUGAACAAAUUCAAAUCUAUCAAAAUAAUACAUGGAUUUGGUAUUAACAGCUUUAGAAUCUUUCAAUUAUAAACUAUCAAAUAUAUCUAAGAUAAAUUUUAAAUGCUCAAAACUCAAUUAUAGAGCAAUCAAUGUUUAAUUAAUUAAGUAUUUAUUAAUAUACUAAUCAAUAGAAACCAUAUAUUUUGAAGAAACAAUUAAAUAUGAAUUGGAUUAACUUUUUAUAAUUAAAUUAAUAGGCGAAUACAUGAUAGAUUAUAAUAGUGACAAAGAAACACACAAGGAUGGAAUAACAUUUCUAAUUCGUAAUUUUUAGGUCAUUGUUUAGGAAAUGCUAGUCGAAUUUAAUAAUACUACCUAUAGUAAUAUUCAAUAGGAAAUCGACAUCAUUGAUUCCUAAAUAUAAUUAACUAUAAUUCUAUCUGAAGUUACAUUGAGUUUAAUAGUCAUCAUUCUUUUACCUGUAUUUUUAAUUAUUAAUCGAUAAAAAAACACAAUUUUGGAAUUCUUUAUGACAUUCCCUUAAAAUGAACUUCAAUAGUAAUAUGAUAUUUAUUAAAUUCUGUUGGACAAGUUGGAAGAAACUAAAUUUGCUUAACAGGAGACUAAUCAAUAUGAUAUUGAAAGUUCUCAUAUUAAAUAAUUUGUAAAAUCUAUUCGCCUAGUCAAAGAUUCCAAUUAAAGUAAAUAAUAAUAUGGAAAAUUGAAGAAAAUGAUUGGAUCUAGUAUUUUAAUUUAAUAUUUUAGAUGCAACUCCAUUGAUAAUAUUUAGUAUCUUUUUAGUUUUACUCCUAUUUUCUAUAGUUUCUGCUUACUUUAUAACUUCAUUUAUGAUUAAAUAUCAAUUUCUAAGUGAUUAUAAAAGAAUUAAUAAUGAUAUCAAAAUUUAUGAUUCUUUACAAUGUGAAAUUUUAAAAGAAAAUGCUAUUUAAAAUUUAAUUCUCAAUUAAAUAUUAAAUUAGAAUGUAAGUGAUGUAAUUAAAAAUACAGGUAAUUUAAUACUAUAUAAAUAGUACUCGAAUUAUUUGAAGUAGAAAAAGCAAGUCAAUAUCCAACAAUAUUGUAUUAUCAAUAAGAGCUUACCUAAAGAUUUUCAGAUUCAAGCAAUGAAGAGUUCUAUAAUGUUUUAUCAAAUAACACAUGCGAUAUUUUCAACUCUGAUAUAAUUAAACACUUGGAAUUGGAAGAAUUUUUAGACUUUUAUAGUUACCAAGGGUGUCAGACUAUUGGCCAAGUUCAGCAAGGAAUUAGCAUUUCUAUAAUUAAUUUUGUAAAUUAAUUGAAAUAAUUAUAUUCGACAUUGUAGUUUUUUGAAAGUAACAAUCUUAAGUAUUAAAGAUAAUAAUGGUUAUGAAUACAAAACUCUGUAUGAUAGUAUCAUAUUCCUAAAAGACUAAGAUAUAUAAUAAUCUUAUCUAUAUACUGCUUUUGCACUUUAAGUGAUAACAAACUAUCAAGAUUAGUAGAUUAAGACCUUAGUCUAAUAACAUUACUUAACUCAAAUUAUAGCCUUUGUUGUUGGUGCCAGCUUUAUUAGUGUAUUCACUCUUAUAACAGAGAAGUGCUUCAAAAGUCUGAUUUCCAAUUAGAUAAAUUAAUCCAAACUGCUACUUACUUUAAUCCCAUUUGAAACCUUAUAAACAAAUGCUUAUGUUAUGACUUAUGUAUUGCAAGAAUCGAAAAAAAUAUAUUUAUGA